UAGAUUAUAUCAAACAGGAUUCCUAUUCUUUGUAUCUCUACGUCUACAAUGUCUCUUCUUUUCUCAAGAUCAGACGAUACGAGGAAGACGUUGAAACGAGACUUUCCUGCGUCUCUUCUACAUAUUUCUCGAUGAAGUUUUACUUAUUGAUUUCCGUUGUAUCUUUCAUAUCAUUCACUGAUAGUUGCUCUCCAGAUGUCAAAUUUGAAAAAGAUCAUCAUAGAAGAAAAGAAUUGGAAGAUAAAUUCAUAACCAAUCUGGCAGAACUGAAAAAUCAUGAAGAAGUCCUUCUAAAAGCAGUUGAAAUGAUGAAACAUGCAAAUGAAAAAAAGGAUUUAGAUGAAAAUGAACUGGAUUACAAAAAAAGAAUUGCUGAAAUUGAAAAAGAACUGAAAGCGACAAAAGAUGAUCAUACUAGACUACUAGAAAAACACGAAGACUAUCUUCGAAAAUUCGAAAGUCCAAGAACAUGGUCAGAAACAUUCAGUAAGUAUACUGGUGACGCAUUUGGACGUCUUUUAUUCAAUGGAUUAUGGGGAGCUAUUGUACUUUUACUUCCACUUCUUAUUCGACCAUUUCAACGUAGAUGGCUUACAGCUCUCCGUGGUGGAGAUGGACCAACUAUUGAAGAGGUUACUGAGAGUGAUGAUGAUGGCAUGAGAAUAUCAAAUGAAGAAGUUCGUCAGAUUCUGGAUUCUGAGAAGAAACCGAAAAGGAAGGCAGUCAAAGCUGAAUAAAAGUUACUGAGAAGAAUUCCUAGGAUUUUCAAUUUUUUUAAAUCUUGAACUUUCUCUUUCUACUAGUUAUUUAUUUUUUUGUCUCAAAUUUUACUUUUCUGAACGUUUCUAAAAAAUCGCACGGUUUUGUUUAAAAUAAUAAAAAAGAUUUAAUUAUAUAUUAGAAA